AUGGCAGAGCGGAUCCGGCGAAGCUCAGGGAGGCUUGUGGACUGGCCUGGCUGCCGGUAUUGGCGCGAGUUAUGCGACUUGCACCCGGAUGCCAAGGUCAUCCUCUCUGUGCGCGACUUUAACAGCUGGUACAGAAGUGCACAGACCACGAUCUAUGCACAUAACAAUGCGGUGCUGCUCAAGUUCAAGCGAUUUCCGUGGUUGAAGCUGGCACAGAAGCAGAAGUACCUCCAGAGGCGCACCAUCUCCGACAUCUUGUGGUCAAAGACUGGAACCUUUGAGGGCUCCUUUGACAACAAAGAAGCGGCCCGCACCAUUUUCGAGCGGCACGUGGCUCAGGAAAGAUUGAAAACUUCUGCGCUUCCAGGACCCCGUCGUACAAGAUGCCUGCGGUCGAUCUUGGCGGCCAGUAAGAAGUUGAAGCUGCUGAGGGACGCCGGCAAAGCGCCGGACGAGUACGACGCACGCCUGCAACCGCCCGUCAACUCCUUCUUCCCCGCCGCCACCAAGAAGCCGGAGAGCGGAACAGCGGAACAGCGGAAGGACCGAGCGCCCACCAAGAAAGACCGGGGCAUCGUUGACCUGAUCCAGCCGCCCAAAGACCCCAAAAGAGGGCCACGUGGCGCUCCUCAAGGGCAAGCGGAGCGACUGCAGCGCCCGCAGCGUCAUUUCCCCCGCCCCGCUGACGUCAGCUUCAAGUUGACCGCAGUCGAAGUGCCCCGGGGGAUGAAAAGUCAGGAAAACGGAGAGUGUGACGUCAAUUAA